CUGUUUCCUUUACAACACAACACAAUCCCAUAAGAUCUGAUUUAAUUUGGGUUCAGUAGGAUUCAAUGGAUUUGUGUGACAAUGCUAAUCUCAACCCAAGAUGAAUCAAAGUGAUCAUCAACAAAACAUGGCUAAAGAUGAUGAUGAUGAGCAGAAAAAGAUGAUGCAUAGGGAGAUUGAACGCCAAAGGAGGCAGGAAAUGACCACUCUUUGUGCUUCCCUUCGCUCUCUUCUCCCUCUUGAGUACAUCAAGGGAAAGCGGGCAGUAUCAGAACAUAUGAAUGGGGCAGUGAGUUAUAUAAAGGAUUUACAGAAGAGGAUUGAGGAGCUGCGUGUGAAUAGAGAUGAGCUGAAGAAGUUACUCGAUCCGAUCUCUUUUGAGGAAACAAGUUCCAGCAGUGCCCCUCCCGCUUCCGCUGUUGUUAGGCCGUGUUUGGAUGGGUUUGAAGUCGUGGUUAGUGCUGGCAUCGGAGUUCAGGCUUUGAGACUAUCAAGGGUUCUUGAACUGCUACUCGAAGAAGGUCUCGAUGUUAUUAGCUGUGUCUCCACCAAAGUUGAUGGAGGAUUCAUUCACAUCAUCCAAACUGAGGUGAUCGGUGAUCUUACUAUCCUGGAUACAUCUGCACUGCAACAGAAAUUAAACGAAGAGAUUUAAUUAUCUAGUACUAGCUUUUCUUCGCUAGUAACCAGUUCAGUACCUCAGCUGCCACACCUUUUGAUUUUGAUUUGAGUGUGUAAGGUUUGCUUGUUUGUUUGUUUUUUUUUUUUUUUAAUUAGACGAUGGUAAGCAAUUUCAUCUCCAAUAUCUCAAAACUUGGUUAAUAUUACUGCAUAAUACCCCUGGCAUGCAUACCCAGGUUGCACUAUCUAAUUAUGUAAGGUUCAUUUUUGUUAAUUUUGAUGGUUGGAAAUCUGUGUAUAGUUGAUGAAAAUGGUUAUCAAUAUAUUAUCGGACUCUUG